UUUACAAAAAUUGCCACUGACGUUCUUCAUUGAAGAACAAAAGGGCGAUGGUAAACCGUUCUCAAGUCUACUCAGUGGUUGAAAAAGACCACCAUGGGAUAAGGCCGUCAAGGCAGGUGCUUACGUUAAACUCUAAACAUUCCUGUCGGUGUUGCUGAGAUGACAAUACUUGGUUGUUGUUUUUUUAACUUGGAUUCGUUCCAUCGCGAAGCACCGAUUGUUGUGGCAACGAAAACUGUUUUGUAAAAUUUUCCCCUAUUUUGGUGCUUUUAACCGAAAAAUGCACGAACUUACUUAAAACGUCUUGUAAAAGGUAAUGACUCUUUAAUUUUUACAUCUUCUAAAAACAAUCCCAAAAAGUAUAUAAAAACCAACGAAAUGGCAACACUGAAAGCAUUAAAUAUUAAUUAUCAUAAACUCUCACAUGCUGUUAUGAAGAUUGAUUGAUUAUUUUGAUUGUGAUUGAUUUUUUUAUUAUGUUUUAUGUAAAAUUUUAUUAAUUUUUUUUGCGUUUUGCUGCUAUUGUUUAGAUCUUCUAUUCUAAAUACAAACAUGUGUAGAUACAUGUGUACAAACAUGAGAAAAUAAAUAUUUUGACCAGGUCAAUAGAGUUCACUUUCGGAUUAAAACUGUUUUAGCGCUGUGUGAGUUGUACGUAAAGAAAUUGUUCACGUUCUUUUAGUAAUAUAACAAGAUUCUUCAAAAAAAGUUUUCUUUUUUGCAAACAUCGUUUAUAAAUAUGGGUUAGUGAUAUUAAUUAAAUUGGAAAUUAAAAACUCUAGACACCUAAGAAGCAUAUAAAUAUUAAGUGAAUUUACAAUAAGAACUAUCAGUCAUCUAAAAGCGUUUAACAUCUAACAAACAAAGAAUUGUUGUUAAGAUCAUAAACGUGAUUUGUGAAUAUUAGAAUAUUGAGUAAAUAAACCUUUGGAACAAUGCGCUGGAGUCUGGGGAUGCUGGUGCUGACUGCACUAUUACUACAAUCAGCUUAUGGUCGUUCUCGAGGAAACGGAAUAAGAUAUAGAUUAUAUCGACAACGUGGACGUUCGGAUGUUGGACAAAGUAGAUUUGUCCCACCUUAUUGGAAACAAACAACCACAACGACAACAACAACUACUCCUAAGCCUAUAAUAAUGCCACCGAUAACACCAACACCGACACCAACUGGAACAACAACAACACCAACAGGAGGUACUGGUACACCAACGGGGACAGCAUCUACAACGGGAACAAUCUCACCACCAGUAACAACACCACCUACAGCGACAGUAACAACACCAACAGGAACAGCAACAACUCCAACAGGAACGGCAACAACACCAACAGGAACGGCAACUACUCUAACAGGAACAGCAACUGCAACUCCAGUCCCCAGAUCAUUAGGUCGCAACAAUAGGCCAAUAUAUAACAAAAAUAAUGUUAACAAUUUCAAUGAUAAUGUUAAACUUAGUCGUUCGUCACAUUUACGUCGUCAAAGAAACAUAAAUCGUAUGCAGCGGAAGCGUCACAGAGCUAAUCGUAGUUUUCGCCAAAGAGUAGCAAGGCAACGUAGAAAUAGCAACCGUAGGCUACGAAUGCAACGUCAUAAAUAAAAUUAACAUUUAACCUCAAUAAAUAAUAAAGGAAAAAGAAAAUUGAAGAUAAAUAAUAUAUACAUAAGUAUUAGCUUAAUUAAGGUUAUCAUAUAGCAAAAAUUACAUACAUAUUUAUUUGGCAUAUACUUUUCCUAAUUAGCUGCUAAAAAUGAUUCUGAAGUUAUAUAUAGUCCAAUAGCUCAUUCAUCAAAUAGACGCCUUUGAAUUUGAAGUUGUAAUUUGUUGAUUCAUUAGUGAUUUUUGUUUCAUACUUGAUCAGUGGAAUAGUCGCAUGGCAUACUUUUAUUAAAAACUUGUGAUCGAAAUUUCGAAUUAGUCCUAGUAAAUUUAGAAAUUUAGCUUUGAACUGAACUAAAACUCAACUAGAAUUCAACUAGAACUGAAUUAGAACUGAACUAGAACUGAACUAGAACCGAACUAGAACUGAACUAGAACUGA